CAUAUAUACUACGUAUAUUGCCGUAGGAUGGAUUGGAUAGACGCUUUCUGUAGCUAGUUCGUCGUGCAUAUGAUCGAUCAAGCCCAUACGUUAUCCAUCUAAAACAAUUCUGCAGAACAGUUACUGGAUCGAAAUGGCCUUACCCAGAGAAUUGGAAACCCCAAACUGGUAUAGAAUAGACCUAACUGCCUUCUCCACCAGCUUACGCCAACACGACGGCGUCCUCUUAUUCCUCCUCAUCUUCUUCUCCCUCAUCUUGGCAAUUCUCUUCAUCUUCUUCUACUUCGUCUGCAAGUGCACGUGCGGCAGCCGGAUUAGAUCGUCUUCUCGGGGAUCCGGGCAGCCUCCGCGGGCUCAGGCGGAGGCGAAGAAAGGAGGGCUGGAUGCAGAGUCCGUUGAGAGCCUGCCGGCGGUGACGUAUGCAUCUGUGGUGGUGGGGGACGGGGAGGCAGAGGCGGAGAGGAAUGAAUGCUGCAUAUGUUUGGGGUUGUUCGAAGAGGCGGAGAUGGUGAAGGUGAUGCCGGAUUGCUGCCAUCUCUUCCACGCUCAAUGUGUAGAUACAUGGCUUUCGAAUCGCUCCAGCUGCCCGCUCUGCCGCGCUUCACUCGACUCUGUUUCUGUACAUAUUGAUAUCAGCGAUGCAUGAAAAAGGGGUUCUAGUGCUUCCUCUUGAUUGGAAUGAAAUUUGAAGAUCAUUAUAAAAUUUAGAGGGUCAUUGAUUAGUCAAACUUGAAUUAUCUAUAAACAUUUUCUCUCACUUUCCAAAAGGUUCCAAAAAUUGAAUCCUGAACUUCAAGGACCCUUCAAACCCGGAUCAGAACGGGUCGUAAAUCAUGGCGACUCAACUAAGCACGGAGAAAGUUAGACUAGUGCUCGUUGCGCAUAAGGAGUCUCCUAACAUUAAGUGGUUACUUUCACACUGCCACUAGGGGCCGUUAGAGAGACUCGAUCGUGAAUCACUUGUUCUCAAUUUCACUCAUGUGACCAAGUGAAUUGUCUUCAUGUACAUGUUAUGUGUAUUCCGUACAUUUUUCUCGAUACAUUUGACUAUAAUUUGAAUAACACACGGAUCGUUUGUUGUCAAAUAGUCGUGCACACAUAUUUUCAUUUCUAC